AUGGCAGAAGAGGCAAAGGGAGUGAAAGAAGAAGGUGCCAUUGGCAUCAAGGAUCCUGGGGAAGACAAGAAGUCAAGCCAAGACAGUGCAGAACUCCAAGAAGUCUGUAUUGGCCAAGUUCCUGACUGAGGCUCACUAACAACAUUCGGCAAGUUGUGCCUCAAUGGCAUGUCCAGAAUAACCUUAACGGCUCAACAUGGAUCUGAUCAGCACCAAGUCCUUGUCUGUACCAAGCUGUUGGAGCCAUUCUAAGUUCAGGUGGGCUCUCUGUACAUUGUUGAUGGGGACCUUGACAGACGUUUUAUUGUGAAAGCCCAGGUGCUGACUUGCCUGGAAGGAAUUGAUAUACUCUUAUUAGAAAAAGGCAUCCAGAAGCAAAGAAUGUACCAGCAACACAGGGACAGCAGCCAGUAG